GAGCCCGGGGCCGGGGCAGCGCCAUGGCCAAGUGGGGCCAGGGGGACCCGCGCUGGAUCGUGGAGGAGCGGGCGGACGGCACCAACGUGAACAACUGGCACUGGACGGAGCGGGACGCCACCAGCUGGUCCAAGAGGAAGCUGAAAGAGGUGCUGGAGGGGCUGGUGGUGGAGGGCGAGGCCGGGCGCUGCGAGAUCGGCGACCUCAAACACGUGGAGGGCGAAGCGUCCUGCAACAGCCGCAAAGGGAAGCUCAUCUUCUUCUACGAGUGGAACCUGCGCCUCAGCUGGAAAGGUACAGUGAAAGAGUCUGGUGAGAAACAUAAGGGAUCUGUUGAAAUUCCUAACCUGUCAGAAGAAAAUGAGGUAGAUGAUACAGAGAUAAAUGUUAGCAAGAAGAAAGGGGAAGGUGAUGUUCUGAAGGACCUGAUGAGAACUGAAGGAACCACCAAAGUCAGAGAGGCCCUGAGGGACUACCUGAAAGCACUUAAAACAGAGUUCACCUUGGGAAUGAUUCUGCCAACAAAAGCUCCUGCUGGUCAGGAACUGGCCACAGAGCGAAAACCAAGUGGGAGCACCGUGCAGGACUCUGUUACACCACAGUCUCUGGAUAUGGUGGGAGUAAAAAUUCCAACAGUGAGGAUACAUAUGAGGGAAGUCUUCAACUCUCCAGCUGAUGAACUUUACAGCAUCUUCACAAAGAAGGAACUGGUACAGAAGUUCUCCAAGUGCCCAGCUGUGAUUGAAGCAGAGAAAGGAGGCAAACUUCAGAUGUUUGAGGGCUUCGUCAGCGGUGAAUACACAGAACUGGUCCCAAGCCAAAGACUUGUCCUGAAGUGGCGGUGUAGGAGCUGGCCUGAUGAACAUUAUGCAACAGUGGCCUUGAACUUCCAGGACCUGGUGGCUCAGUCGGAGCUGGAGCUGGAAUGCAAAGGGGUUCCUGUCUCCCACGAAGAGAGUACAAGACAAUGUUGGAAGAAGCAAUAUUUUGAAGAAAUACAUAUUUUACUGCAGCAAUCAAAAGACAGCAUGGAAUGAUAACAGCACUGUAGUUUUGUUAGGGCAUUACUUUUUAUACUUUGUUAACAUUUGGUUUUCUAAAAAAAAAGAAAAAUAUAAUUUAUUUGUGGGAAGAAUAAAGACCCACUUCUAUGAGACUGUACAUAGUUUAAGCACUAUUUAUGGGUUUUUAGGGAAUGAGAGGCAAGUCAGACUCUGUAUAUCAACAGCUUUACUCGGGGACAGUGAGCUCUGUUCUGCUUGCCUGCAACUCCAGAGUGAUAAUGAUUCAGCUGCAGUGAGUCCUGCCCUCAGAGGUAGGUGAGCUCCACCAUCAACAGGAAGCAUUCCCAGUUCCUUAAUAUUCAGUGUAUCAAGUGGCAAAAUUAAAUCCUGGUAGGAGACAGAGUUCCCAGCAGAGGUGAGCUGAAAGGGAUUACAAAACUGCUGAUCUAUUUCAGGAAAUGGGGGGGGGGGUUUCAUUUACAGCCUUGUUGAAUACUUGCUAGAUGCUUUUAUCUGCAGACUGUUUGCAGCUGCAGUUUUAGGAAAGAUAAUUAACAAUGUCAUGUAAUUAUUAGGUCUGCAUGCACUAUACACUAUACUCCCUUACUUGACCUCAGUGUGACAUUUAUUUAAGAAGAAACAAACAGUAGCAGUGCUUGCUUUAUGCAGUUCUGUAAAACCUUCCACUGAAAUGAUUUACAGCCCUCUGCAAUGCUGUACCUCAAAGAGAACAACUGUUAAGAGAAUUUUGACAGGAACAAAUUGUAAUUCCUAAUUAAACCAUCCAGGUGAGCAAGGAUAACUUAGUUCUCAAAUGCUUUAUAAAUAAAGUGUACAAAUGAAAUAUGCAAUCUGAAACAAAUUGACCACAAUAGGGCAGGCUGCCUUUGGAAAACAUGCUUGGCUCAAUAAAAAUAUGACUUUACAUCAAGCUGAUUUUCUCCAUAAACUGAUAACUGCCACACUAAAUAAGUUUCUUAGAAGUUAAGUCCUGUAUAUUUUAUUUUUACAGAAUGCCAACCUUACCACCCAAAAAGCUUCCAUCAUCCUGAGGAUACAGAGGUGCUGCUCCUUGCUUCAGGCCAGGUUCUCCUGCAAAGUUUGCAGUCAGUUACUAACAACCCCUCUGAACUGAGGUGAGGUCUGUGGUAGCAAAAAGGACAAAGUCCCCACAGUGACAGGAGAGACACAGAGAAGUUCCUGGGUGUUGCUGCUUUAAGAUUGCAGGUGCUAGAUGGGGAACAACCUCUUGAGUAAUGUUGUAUUUUAGCAUCUAUUUCUGAAAGCUCAAUAUUUAUUUACCUUUCUCCCCCCUCAGUAUUCAAGGAAGAAAAGCCUGAUGUUUUGGAUAUAAAAAUUACUUGGGGUAGUGGUUGACAGAGGGAAAUUAAGGUUUAAGACAAUUCAGGCUUCAGCAGGUCUGUGGGUAGAUGGUAAAAGAGAUUUUGCAACGAUUAAAUCCUUGAGAGUAGGUGGUUCAAUGCAUUUCCAGGUUUCUUCAAACAGUGAAACUGCUGCCCCAGUACUCUCUGGGAAUUGUGCCUCACCCAUUUUCCCUCAUGACUGAAAUCCUCUGGUUUUCCUGUCUCCCUGCCCUCACUGGAAUGGAGCAAUUGCCAAUUACUGGUGUUAAAAAAGACAGGACUUACUUGUGCUUCCAGCCUUGCAGUCCCUGCUCCAGGUGUGGGGCUGCCAAAACCCCUGGAAAAUGAGUGCAGCUCCAUACUCCUCUAAAACUCGUGCUAAAAUUUCUCCUAGACUUCCCAAUUAAAAGUAAAAAAUGUUAGAUGAUAAUUAGCUGAGAAAGGCAAAGAGAAAAAUAAUAACAAUGGGAAGGACAUGAUUUGUAAGAUUAUGGCCAAAAUUCUUUACAGAUCUCAGCACACAGAGGAGAGGCUGGCUAUAUAUGGACAAGUUAUUUAAAAGCUUCAUUUUGAAGGGGUUAAAGGGGAGGUAGAAAUUCCAGGAGGAAAUAAAUGAGAAGUGGGAUAAAACCUGGAAGAAAAUCAAAGCUUUAAGUGACUGGGGAAGCCAGUGGAAGAUUAAAGGAUUUAGGGUUAAACGGUUUUCAAAGGCAGGAUAAGGAAAACAUUUUUAAAGGAGGAAAAAAUACAAAGCAGAAAACUGAUUUAAAGUGAGAGGAGGAGAAUAGAAUAGAAGGAAUAAUGAUUUUCAGAGCAUGGAAAGUGAGGGAGACAGA